UAUUAGUUAUUUUUUCAUAUAUCAGCUUUUAGUUAUAGUCUUUAACUGGCAUCCCGUUUUGUGUCUGCUCGCCUUCGUUACCGGAUCAAUCUUCUCACGUUGAAACUCACCAGGAGCCGGGUGACGUCAAAGUUCCACGAGCUCUAAACCUCCCACCAAGAGUCUGACUUCCUAGUUGGAUGUCCUCGGCGCAGAUGCGGUUUUCGGGUAGGGGCAUCACGGCAUUAGCCGAGGACGUCGAUCAGCAGUACGCGAGAUGUCAUCGAUGGAAUAGGAUCGUCAUCGGAUGUAUCCUGAUGGAUUUCACUCCGCAUACUUAUCGGAGCUUCGGUACCGGCGACCGUUCUCAGAAAAUCUUGCCUAAAGACUAUUAGAUACUUUGUGUCAAAAUUUACAGAACUGUUAGAAAUAUCGUGAACUUCGUGCGUAGACGCUAAAUUUUCGGAAAGAAUAACACAAUAGGCCCAAAACGUGUUACGCCUGAUAAUGCGAUGGCAAAUACGAAAUUAUCGAAAUUAUCGAGAUAAUCGCACAUCGACGCUAAUCGUGCUCGAUCCAAUUUUCUUCCCUUGUUUGGACAGGGUGAAUCCAGCUUCGCAGCCUUCGCACUCGUGAUACUCUACGUAAUAUCUUUUGAUAAAUUUGGAAUCCCAAUUUCUGAAUACGAUACAAUUAAUUAAAAUUUUCUAUUCAUGAUGUAUAAUUCAUGAAAAAGCGAUAGAUAACUGAAACUAUUAAAGCAAAAUUAUAUAUGCCUGGCAAUAUCUUAAUCUUGUUAUAUUAUAAUUUUCUAUCAUCCUUCGGUAUUUCUCAACAUGAUUAGCAUGUAUCGAAAGUUCGAUUAAUUCGAGCAGUUUGAUUGUAUUUUUUUAUGGGAGGUCGCUGACAAUCGGCUGUCAAGUUAGCAGAAUCGAUUAACAUCGAUGUAUCAAUGUAUUCACCAGAAUGACAUUAGCGAAUGUCUUAAGAUGAAUCCGUCGAUGUUACUGCAACUCGUCCAGAGUCUUUCGAUAUGGUGCGAGCGCAGUCUGCGUUUUUAUUGACUAGACGAGAAACGCCAGCAAACGCCAACGAACGCCAUCAACCGCUCAGACAAAUCGAUAAACUGGCGCGAGCUAUUGCGGCAGUGUCGAGAAUUUCCAAAGUUUAACCCUCGAUAGGGAGAACGUCGGCUUAUCACCGAUUUUCGUAAAGCGACCAACGAUCGGCGAUCAGGAUGAUGACUUGUUGGGUCCUCGUCGGCGUCUUCGCAGCCAUAGUACUCAUUUACGGCCUCUUCGAACUGCAUUAUUUCUUGCGUAUAUUCCUCACCAUCUUCCUUGCACGUUUUUGCAAGAAAAGAGUACACAUUCUCGACGAAACCGUAGUUUAUGGAAUUUGUACCACCACUGAUGUAGACGCUCCGUAAAGCGACCAACGAUCGGCGAUCAGGAUGAUGACUUGAUUAUAAUUUAUCGAUUUUGCGAGAGCCGAUUUCUAUGAGAGAACAGAUCUGUAUCGAGAGGUUUGUUCUCAAGGAUCGGGCGUCGUGCAAGGAGCUACAACUAUACGCUACAGACGCUUUAUCAAGCCGUUAAUGAUUUUUAAAAUAACGUCCAAGAUUAUUUAUUGGGACGAGAAAAGUUUCUUCAUGGAGCAUCGAUUUAUCACGCCGAGCGAUGGUUUUAUAAGGGCUAUCGCGAUUUGCAGGCAGAGACUCCUUGACUGUAGCGCUGACACUGUUAUCGGCGCUUUAUUGAACCGCAGAGUGAAACAAAAGGGAAAUGUCGAAGCAGGUGUAACGCAGGUACCUCCUGCGAAGCCAGAAAUGCCACCCGAACUGAGCAGAUGGAUAGAGAGCAAUGAGAUAUCCUCGGCAAUAUUGAGACAGGAGCCGAUCAUUACAACGCAUUGCUGACAAAAAGACGCUGCGACGUCUAGCAACGACGUCGUUGCGACACCGAUAUACACAACUACGACCGUGUAAUAAAUAUCGGAAAAUGCGAUAUAUAUUCUUGAUCUCUAACCUUUAAUCUUCGGACGAUAUCCUGGCAGGAUUCCAGAAUGAUAUUAAUUUAGCGACUCUAGUAACUUGAAUGUUUAAUUACUAGGGUGGAGCAAAUAUAAACGAGACUUGUUAAAAAAAUAUUUAUUUGAUUAAUAUAUGAAAACUAACACAAAAUUAUUUUUCUACAUAGCAUCCACUAAUGUUUACACAUUUUUGCCACCGCACCGGCAGUUUUUUUCACCCUGCUUUAUAAAAAGUAGCAGAAUAAGUACGAAAUCAAUUGUGCAAUUCGUUGGAAAACCUUUCUCUCCAUAAGGCUUUUUUUAAGAGGUCCAAACAAAUCCAUCAUAUAUAACAAUGCGCAUUAAAAAUGCGUCUCCUUUUGCUGCAUGGCGAUCCAAAAGUCUCAGAUUUCAGCUCGUACGGCCUUCUGAUCUGCAUUUAAAAUUCGAGACAACCAUCGUGCAGUGAUUUUUCGAAAUCAUAACUCAUUCUCAAUGAUUGUUUGCACAUUUCCAUAACUUAUGCCAAUCCCUUUACUAAUUUCACGAGCAAUUAUUCGUCGGUCGUCAAUAAGAUCGCGAAUUUGUUGAAUGAUCUCAGGCGUAAUACUCGUCUUUGAUCGACGCGCAUGUCAAAUUUGCAACUUUUUCACGACCUUCACAAAAAAACUUAUGCCAUUUGCAUACUUGGGACUUCGAUAACGUGUUCUUAUCGAACUGUAUGCGUAAUUGGCACAAAAUUUCAGCUGGUUUAACAUGUUCGCGUGUUAAAAAUUUAAUAAUUAUGCAUUGCGCAACCGAGGAAGGCACCUUUUAUUUACUCGUCGUGCCUACUAUUAAACAAACGAUUGUAGAAACAAACGCGCAGCUUAGAGCUGGUCUAGACACAUCUAUCAACAGCCCACUAUUCUUACAACAAUGAGCGUUAAAGUAUAUUGCUUCUAUUUGAAAAGUCUCGUUCAUAUUUGAUCGACCUACGUAUUUACGAUACAAUGACAAAAACUUAGCGCGUAAAAAUUUCCGGGCGAAGUAAACGAUAAAAAUGAUCUACGAUGAGACUUAUCUAUGAGAUCUAUGAUCUAAUGUCCGCUUAUUAAUACAGAAUAAAAAUAGUUAAUAUAAUAUUCGGAAAGCGGUUUUUCUCUUGCUCUGAUAGUCUAUUGAAAUGUGGAUUAAAUAAAUUAAAAAAAAAAAAUAACUUACAUAGCAAAAUU